CACAGACUUAUGUUAAAAAUAGCUUCCGUUUUACCGAAAAAAUUGCGACCUCUUUUUUUACAUCCUGCAGGCCCGACAACUGUAUUUUUCUGGGCUCCAACUUUUAAAUGGGGCUUAGUAAUAGCCGGAAUAGGAGAUAUUCAUCGACCGCCGAGCACAAUUUCGUUAAGUCAAACAGCAAGUCUUAUGAUAACUGGUGCUAUAUGGUCCAGAUAUUCACUGAUAAUUUCACCAAAGAACUAUAACUUAUUCAGUGUAAAUGCCUUUACAAGUUUAACAGGAGCAUAUAAUUUUGUGCGGGGUUUGUUAUACUACAAAGAGCAAGAGUCAAAAUAAUACUUAAAAUGAUGGUGAUCAAAUUUCAGAAAGAGGGAGAUUUACAAA